AUGUUCCGCUCUGAAUCUAAACAGUCAAUUGCUGCGUCGGACGAUUACUACUCCCUCUCGGAUCGUACGACAACCUCCGGUUCUAGAACUCCAAGCUCGGAGAGCCGUCUUACCGUCCAGCGGUAUGCUACGCCGAAUUCCCACCCUGUCUCCAACGCAUCAUCUCCCGCGUUAUCUCGAACGCAUCUAGGCGCCAAUAUGGCUGGUUCUCGAUCACAACAUUCCAUUCUGGAACAGUCUCGAAACAGAAAUGUUCCUCCCUCCGGCCUCAGUCAAGCUCGAUUCGAGCAGGGCAGACUGGGCAUGUCCGACGAAUCCAUUCGACAUGUACCAAACGAUAGUUAUGCCGGUCGCUCACCGACUCCGGGGACGGACGACUUGCCCUACAUUCGGUUCGCCAUCAAUCAGCUCACACGGGAAGAUGAGCAACCGAGCUUAUCGAGGCAGUCCUCGGCCGCAAGUGUCGACUAUCCGCCACAGCCUCCCGUAUGGGAUGCAGCUCUGGGCCAGUUUACCCGUCCCUCGAAGUCCAAAGGAAGUUCAUUACGCCCUCCAGAAGAACGAUUACACCAGCACAGUCCGCCAGAAAGGUCGCCACAGAACUCGGUGGAUCCGGAGGCAUUUGUUGCGGUUGACCCUCCGGACAAUAACCUGCUGUAUCCCCCAUUGAAUUUUGUGCCUAUUGUUCUACGACCAUGGGCACUGGCUUUGGCCAUUCUUUCUUGCUUGCUCAUGAUUGCCGGCGUUGUCUUCUGCAACGUCUGGUCCCAGCGACACGAAGGAAUCUGGGACUACGAUGGACAGGGAGGCUCACGAUAUUUCGUGGUUCAAUUUUUACCCCAGAUCCUGGCCGCUGUUAUCACCAUCUGGACAUUUGUAAUCCAAGCAGCUGUAUACCGCGUCAUGCCAUUUGCAAUCAUGGCAUCAGAGACGCUCCAGCAUCGCGUGAUACAGAAGCUGCCAAUUCUGUCACGAAACUUCCUGCUACCUGACUGGUCGUAUUUCACGCACGGAGAGCCAUUAGCCGGGUUUGCUCUGCUGACGAUUUGGAUCUCCAACCUCAUUAUCAUCCCGCUUCUCAGCUGUUUUUUCCAAGCAAAGUGGCACCUGAUCAAUGGCGAAGGGCAGUGGCGAUGGAAUGCUGUCCUAGCUGUCGGGUGGACAAUCGUGGCCGUUUACGCGUUACUUGCUCUUGGACUGACAACGCUCCUCAUUCGCUUCAUGCGGACACGGUCCGGACUGAUGUGGGAUCCUGUCAGUCUGGCUGACCUGAUUCCUGUCAUCCAGCGAUCCAACAUUCUGCAUGACUUUGAACAAUCCGAGACAUGGCCGGAUGUCGGAAGUGCACUUGAGCCCAGAGUCCUCCGGCUAGGCUAUUGGCAGGUGUCGAACCGUGCCGAGGUUUUCUAUGGAGUUGCCGAGAUUGAUGCGCCGAUACGGAAUCCAUCUCUGCAUCGACCAGAGAUGAGCCGUGAGAAGCAACCACUGGUCUCAAGGGUAUCCUUCGAUAUCGAGCGACGGAGCACUCAUGCGGCCGAAGGUUUUGAACAGCAACUAUACUCCCAGUCUGUCCGUUAUCGCUGGGCGCCGUGGUUUCUCAAAGACACCUUCGUUGUCGCUUGGUCGGUGAUUAUCGGCGCGCUUUUCAUUGCGUUUGUUCUCGUCAGCUUCAUCCACGAUGCCAUUAAAGGCGGAUUCCCUCCACGGCUACCAACAUUGCCGUCAACUGGCGCUUUCUCAUCCUCAAACUUCUUGUACAGCUUUAUCCCUGCGUUGAUCGGUAAUAUUCUGUUCCUCUCCUGGCAACCGAUCGAUGUCUACUUCCGUGCACUACAGCCAUAUGCCACUUUGUCCUCUCCAGAUGGCGCUCGAGCGGAGCGAACUCUAUUGCUAGAAUAUCCCGCCUCCUUUCCUCUUCAGGUGACAGUGCAAGCUAUUCUGAAUGCGCACUACAAAGUGGCAUGGAUCUCUUUGAUGAGCAUCGUGUCGGCAGCUCUCCCUGUACUGGCUGGAGGCGUCUUCAUUGCCCUCUGGUAUCCCUCGCACGAAGGAGUACGGAUUGCUGCACUGAUGCCUGCUUUCUAUACAUUGGUUGCCUUUUGCGCUCUAUACACCGUAUCCUUCUUGUGUAUAUGGCCCCGCAGAUACAGAUAUCUUCCUCACGAUAUCAGCACACUAGCAGACCAAAUCAGCUUCUUUUACCAAAGCCCUCUUCUUGCCGAUAAGCUCCUUCGCGAACCCAGAAGCAAGACGGAUCUUGUCACUCGACUAGUGACAGCGCCCCCGGGAGAGAGGCAAUAUCCAACGUACGGCUUCGGGAUAUAUGUUGGGCGUGAUGGGAAAGAGCAUCUUGGAAUAGACCGUUUCCAACGACCUGGACGGUCCGACAUGCUAAUUACAACUGGAAAGAUAGAGAGUUGA